CUUUUUACUGUCUCCAUCCCGGCUGCCUUUGCGUGAGCAAAAUGGCAGUCCCCGUGCCGCGGGGUUUGUCUUGCUUAUCCAGGGCUUUAGGAUGGUGGUCUCGGCAGCCAGUCCUGGUGACUCAGUCCCCAGCAGUAUUUCCAGUGAGAACUAAAAAACGUUUCACACCCCCCACUUAUCAACCCAAAUAUAAAUCAGAAAAGGAGUUUGUAGAAUACGCCCGGAAAGCAGGACUGGUCAUUCCUCCAGAACAUUUGGAGCGUCCCAUACAUCUGGCCUGUACAGCUGGUAUCUUUGACGCCUAUGUUCCUCCUGAGGGUGAUGCCCGAGUGUCGUCUCUUUCUAAGGAAGGACUGGCACAGAGAGCUGAGCGAUUGAAGAAGAAUGUGGCAUCACGAUUAUCAAUCCGAAGGAUAAGAGAAAGUGAUCCUAAUUUUAGAAUAAAGGACUUCCCUGAAAAAGCCCAGGAUAUCUUCAUUGAAGCUCACCUGUGUCUAAACAACUCAGACCAUGACCGGCUUCAUACCUUGGUAACUGAAAACUGUUUUCCGGACAUGGUCUGGGACAUCAAAUACAAGACCGUCCGCUGGAACUUUGUAGAGUCUUUAGAGCCACCCCAGGUGGUGCAGGUUCGCUGUUCAAGUCUGCUGAACCAGGGCAACGCGUAUGGCCAGGUCACCAUCCGCAUGCACACGCGGCAGACUCUGGCUAUCUAUGAUCGGUUUGGCCGGUUGAUGUACGGACAGGAGGAUGUGCCCAGGGAUGUCCUGGAGUAUGUUGUCUUUGAAAAGCAUCUGGUGAAUCCCUAUGGGAGCUGGAGAAUGCAUGGCAAGAUCAUUCCCCCAUGGGCACCCCCUAAGCAGCCUAUCCUUAAGACGGUGAUGAUCCCUGGCCCCCAGCUGAAACCUUGGGAAGAGUAUGAAGAGCCACGAGGAGAGGCCCAUAAGCCUCAGCUAGCGUGAUGGCAAAAGCGACUCCUCGGGUGAAGCGUGGGUGGUGAUGUGGCUGGACGCUGUGAAGCCUGGGAGUCUGGGAGCUGCGAAGUCGUCCAUUCUCUUCACGCUGUAGGAAGAGCUGCCUUUGUUCUCUCUUGCCCUGCAGUCCCAUCCUCAGUAAGCACUGCUGAUGGUCGGGCCCUAGUGGGUUGGCCCUGUGCACAGCAGUGGGCCUACUUCUUUUUUUAAUCUUAUAUCUAGCUUCUGACUCCAGAUGAAAAACGGUCUGUUUCAGAGAACAUCUGAUACCAGCUUUUCCGGCAGCAAGAACUGUCAGGAGCAAACUGGCAGAACUUUCUAAUUACGGGGCAGGAUCAGAGUUUGAAAUAAAACACUAUCCGGUAUUGGACAAA